CGCCGACGCCCCGUCCGCCCUCGCCACCGCGCAGCCCCUCGCCUACCGCCGCGGCUGCGCCCUCGCGGCCCUCGCAGAGCAAGGGCAAGGGCGCGCCCCUGCACCAGCCGACGCUGAGCUUCGUCGGUGCGUCGGCUACGAGCGCGGGCGGCGGCGCCAAGCGCGGUCGGAAUGCGGGUACGAGGACGCAGGCGCCGGGGGCGAUGCUGCAGAGCCACUUGCGGCGGUUCGUGCGCGGGGCAGAGGCCGAGGUCGUCGAGGAGGAGGAGGUCGAGGAGGAAAAGCGAGGGGGAGCGAGCGAGGACGAGGGGGCCGAGGUGCAACAGGACGCUGAGGACGGCGAGCUGGACGCGCAGGACGUCGCGAUGGACGGGAGGGACGAGGAGGACGAGGGCGACGAGCUCGUCGUCGUCGAGGACAGCUUUCGAGCGCCGUCGCCGUCGCUUCGGGCGCCGGUCGGCCCGACGCAGGGCGCCGAGCUCGUCGCCGCAUCGUGCGUGUGCGUGCACGGCUCGCAGGACGAGGACGCCGAGGACGAGACGGGCGACGUCGAGAUCGUCGACGAGUCGCCGGCGCCGGCGCCGAGGCGCGAGUCGCGCCGGGUCGCGCAGGACACGUCGCUGCCCUUUGGCGCCGCGCGCGCCGAGGUCGCCGGCACGGUCGUCGCAGCCGACACGGACCUCGCGUUCGACUUUGCCGCCCUGUCGUCCGCUUGGACCUCGUCCCCUUCCUCUUCCUCCGACCUCGCUCCCCCGACUGCCGGCCCUUCCUCGCCCUCUCGCGCACGUUCCGCCGACGCCGACGAGCUCGCCGGCGCCGCCAUCGGCGAGCACGACGACGCGGCCGAGGCGACCCUGUCGCGCAUCGUCAGCAAGGACGACUUUGCCCAGAUGGAGGUCGUGGGCCAGUUCAACCUCGGCUUCAUCAUUGCGCGGCGGCGCGUCUCGGUCGGCAGCGGCAAGGGCAAGGAGCGUGCGGCGGCGAGCGACACGCACGACGACCUGUUCAUCGUCGACCAGCACGCGUCGGACGAGAAGUACAACUUUGAGAAGCUCCAGGCCGAGACGGUCAUCCAGUCGCAACGCCUCAUCGCUCCGCGCAUCCUCAACUUUGCCUCGGCCGACGAGCUCAUGGCGAUGGAGCACGUCGACCUGCUGCGCCUCAACGGGUUCGACGUCCUCGUCGACGAGGACGCCGAUGUCGGCGAGCGCGUCAAGCUCAUCGCGCAACCCGUCAGCAAGGACACCGUCUUUGACACGGGCGACCUCGAGGAGCUCGUCGACCUGAUCGGCUCGAGGAGCGGCAACGAGGUCGUGCGCCCGUCCAAGGCGCGCCGCAUGUUUGCUAGCCGCGCAUGCAGGAAGAGCGUCAUGGUCGGCAAGGCGCUCAACGUCAAGCAGAUGACGCAGAUCCUGCGCAACAUGGCCGCCAUGGACCAGCCCUGGGCCUGCCCUCACGGUCGACCGACGAUGCGCUGGCUCGCGAGCAUGUCGGCUCCUCUCGCCCUCGAUUCUCGCUUCGACGUCGGCGAGCUGUGUAGCUCCUUCGAGUGACGACGUGCAACGCGGCAGAGGCAAGACGACGGGGCUUGAGAGGCUCUGGUCGAGGAGGAGGCAGCGCUCGGCCGUGCCGCGUUCCGGCCGUUUCCCCCCACCUCGAUCGCUCUUCGGAUGACGACCCUUGUGCGCCUCGUUGGCGCCAUUUUCGUGCUCGCCUCGCGGGCCGUCGUCGUCG